AUGGCCGGUAACGCACUUGUAACGCCUCUGGUGUUCCAAGUGUCCAUGGGCGACGCCGAUUGCUUACCAUCAGAAAGCUUACUAAUCUUGGCGGCCUUAGGGCUAGCCUUGGCUCGGCCGAACGAUGAAUCUGAUCCAAUGGGCCGCUAUUUGGAACCUCACCCAGACUGCCCUCCAGCUGAGACCCACUUUCUCCUUCCCCACGAGUAUGACUGCACCAAAUUCUACUAUUGUGAAUAUGGACUAAAGUAUAUCGAACCAAGAGACUGUGCUCCAGGGACCGAAUUUAAUGCUCAAAUUCAGGUUUGUGUACAUCCUUCUCAAUCUGGAUGCCAUCUUCCUGGACCUGGACCAUGGCCUUCAUCAAGUUCGACUUCAACAUCAGGUACUACAACUACACAAACGCCUUCAACUACGACUACUCCAGCGUCAACAACUACAACAACUACACCAGCGCCAACUACUACUACAACUACUACUACAACACCAGCGCCAACUACUACUACAACAACUACUACAACAACACCAGCGCCAACAACGACAUCUACAACAACAACUACUACGACACCAGCGCCAACUACUACUACAACUACUACUACAACACCAGCGCCGACAACGACAUCUACUACAACACCAGCGCCAACAACGACAUCUACAACAACAACCACUACGACUGGACAGCCAAUUUCAUCAACAACUCAAGUAUCAUCAUCUACAACUGGUGUUCCGUCUAGCUCCAUUGCUCCACCAGACUGUGAUUUCCUGGACAAUGGAUGCCCAGCUGACUUUGAUGUCCACUGGCUUCUUCCUCACGAGGUGUACUGCAACAAAUUCUACUACUGUGACAAGGGACAACUAGUUGAGAGGAUCUGCGCUGCUGGUACCGUGUUCAGCCCUAUCGUAGGCGUCUGCGUCCACCCUUGGGAUUAUGACUGCGGAGACAAGGGUAUCGCUGACCCACCAACCACUGAGAACCCUCCAAUCGAUGAUAACGACAAACCCUGCAACGGUACUGACAAUGAUAUCGGAGAAGUUCUUGAUAACGGUUGCCCAGCUGACUUUGACGUCCAUCAUCUUCUGCCCCAUGAAACUGAGUGCGAUAAAUUUUACUACUGCGUCCAUGGCGAGAAAGUCGAACGGUCUUGCGCUCCUGGCACCCACUUUAACUACGAGAUCCAGGUGUGUGAUUGGCCACAUAAUGUGAACUGUGUACCUGGUGGUGGUGACAUCAACCCUGGAAGCGGAGAAGGUUCCAGCUCAGAAAGCAUAGAGAUCAAUGACCCAAAUCCCGGCUGCAAUGGCAACUGUCCACCGGAUGGUGGCAACGACAAUGACUUUGUACCUCUCCCCAAUGGAUGUCCCGCGGACUUUGACAUCCAUCAUCUCCUGCCCCAUGAGAGCGACUGCGGCAAGUUCUACUACUGCGUCCAUGGACAGAAAGUAGAGACCAGCUGUGGACCUGGAACUCAUUUCAACCCUGUUCUUCAGGUCUGCGAUUGGCCACAAAACGCUGGAUGUGAACAGUCCUCCAAUUGCCCCGGUGGCAAUAACUGCCCAGGAGAAGGUGGCGACCAACCAGGAGAUGGAGGCGACCAGCCAGGAGAUGGAGGCGACCAGCCCGGUUGCGGUGGUAGCUGUCCAGGAGAUGGAGGCGAUCAACCAGGAGAUGGAGGCGACCAGCCAGGAGAUGGAGGCGACCAACCCGGUUGCAGUGGUAACUGUCCAGGCGAUGGAGGCGACCAGCCAGGAGAUGGAGGCGACCAGCCAGGAGAUGGAGACGACCAGCCAGGAGAUUGCAACGACAAUGACUUUGUACCUCUCCCCAAUGGAUGCCCAGCUGACUUUGACAUCCAUCAUCUCCUGCCCCAUGAGAGCGACUGUGGCAAGUUCUACUACUGCGUCCAUGGACAGAAAGUAGAGACCAGCUGUGCACCUGGAACUCAUUUCAACCCCGUUCUUCAGGUCUGCGAUUGGCCCCAAUACGCUGGAUGUGAACAGUCCUCCAAUUGCCCCGGUGGCAAUAACUGCCCAGGAGAAGGUGGCGACCAACCAGGAGAUGGAGGCGACCAGCCCGGUUGCGGUGGUACCUGUCCAGGAGAUGGAGGCGAUCAACCAGGAGAUGGAGGCGACCAACCAGGAGAUGGAGGCGACCAGCCAGGUGGCAACGACAAUGACUUCAUACCUCUCCCCAAUGGAUGUCCAGCGGACUUUGACAUCCAUCAUCUCUUGCCCCAUGAGAGCGACUGCAGCAAGUUCUACUACUGCGUCCAUGGACAGAAAGUAGAGACCAGCUGUGGACCUGGAACUCAUUUCAACCCUGUUCUUCAGGUCUGCGACUGGCCCCACAACGCUGGAUGUGAGCAGUCCUCCAAUUGCCCCGGUGACAAUAACUGCCCAGGAGAUGGAGGCGACCAGCCAGGUGAUGGAGGCGACCAGCCAGGCGAUGGAGGCGACCAACCAGGUUGCGGUGGUAGCUGUCCAGGCGAUGGAGGCGACCAGCCAGGAGAUGGAGGCGACCAACCAGGAGAUGGAGGCGACCAGCCAGGAGAUGGAGGCAACCAACCCGGCUGCGAUGGUAGCUGUCCAGGAGAUGGAGGUGAAAACCCCGGUGGUGAUCUACCUGGCGACAAUAACCCAUGCAUAAACGAGUGCAAUGUUGCCCCUUGGGCCUCAGACGACUGCGACAAGUAUUGGAUCUGUGUAGGCGACCAGAAGGUCCAAGUGACCUGCUCUGAAGGUCUUCAUUUCAACCCAGUUACAUUGACCUGUGACUUCCAUUGCAAUUCAGGUUGUGAGAGGAGAAAUAUAGAACUCACUGAACACUACGAUGGAGUCAAAGUCUUCCUUCCUUGGAACAAACUUAGCAGCGAAAUGAAACGUCUUUUAACCAUGGACGAAUUGUAAACGAUUCACUACUUGUAAAUAGAUUGUAACAUAAAAAAUGCAUAUUGUAAAUUAUGCGUUACAAAUAUUUAUUCCACUUAAAAUAGAUUCUCUUCGAUUGAAAUUGUCAUUGUUAUAUUAAAAUUGUUUAAAUCUGUUCCUGUUUAAAUUCAUGAAUGUUAAAUAUUUAUAAAUUAAUCUUAAAUUUCUCUUUAAAAUUGUUUAAUCAAUGUUGCAAGAAGAAAUUUGAGGUAAAUGUAAAUUUAUUUUACUUACAAGUAGUUUAUGAAUCAUAUAUUCAUGAUUGUGAUCAGGAAACCAAAAAAAAUAUUGUUAACAUAAAAUUAAUUUAGAAAAAGGAAUGUAAAUAAAACGUAUUUAUUUCAUAAAAUAAUAUUUUAUUUUGUAAAUGAAUCAUAAAUUUUGUAAAUUAAAUAUAUAAAAUUGACAAUUUCACUCGUUUUUAGCGUAAUGUCUUAUGUUAAGUUUAUCCUAGUCUAAAAUUAAAUAAGGCACAAUUAAAUUAAAUUAUUUUUAAUAUACAUUUGCUUUUCAUUAGGGCUCCCUAACUCGUUGUACAUAAGUUUCAUUUUUGAAUGACAAAGUUUUUCGUUUGAGUUA